AUGAGCGCCGCCGCCUGCCUGUUCGCCGCCGCCAUCUCCCUUUCCCUCCCUUCGACCUCCGCGCCCGCCUCCGUGGGACGACGCUGCCUCCGGAGCCCCACCGUCCUCCUCCGCUGCUCCCCGACUCGCUGCCGUGGACCGGUCCGGGCACUCGACGAGCGGCUGCUCGAGGCCGCGUCGGCGGAUACCGAAGAGGUUGUAACCGGUGUUGACGUAGGGGAUGGAGGCGGGGUCGCUGAGGGUGAUGAAGUUGGAGCAGGGGAGGUGGAGGAGCUGGAGCUGGAGCAGCGGCCGCCGCCGAGGGCUUUCGUGAAGAGCAGGCGGCAGCGGCAGGAAGAGGAGGAGUCCGCGGCGGGGCAAGACCGGUUCCAACUCAUCAACGGCAAAGAGAUACUUCAAGAGAAGGCUUAUCUGGUUGGUGUUGAGUGCAAACGGACAGGAGGGAACCUCUUCGGCAUAGAGGAGUCUCUUAAGGAGCUGGAGCAGUUGGCUGAUACCGCGGGCCUUGUGGUAGUCGGCUCAACCUAUCAGAAGCUUUCUACCCCAAAUCCAAGGACUUACAUUGGUUCAGGCAAGGUUUCUGAGAUCAGGAGUGCAAUUCAAGCCCUUGAUGUUGAGACUGUAAUUUUCGAUGAUGAGUUAUCCCCUGGACAACUACGUAACUUGGAAAAGUCAUUUGGUGGGAGUGUCCGAGUCUGUGACCGAACUGCUCUUAUUCUUGAUAUUUUUAAUCAAAGGGCAGCAACACAUGAAGCUGCUUUACAGGUCACCUUGGCACAGAUGGAAUAUCAACUUCCUAGGUUGACAAAAAUGUGGAGUCACCUUGAACGCCAGGCUGGAGGUCAAGUUAAGGGUAUGGGUGAGAAGCAAAUUGAAGUUGACAAGCGCAUCUUGAGAACUCAAAUAAGUGCCUUGAGGAAAGAAUUGGAAUCUGUUCGGAAACACCGAAAGCUGUACCGCAACCGUCGCCAAUCAGUUCCUAUUCCUGUUGUUUCUCUGGUAGGGUAUACAAAUGCUGGAAAAAGUACACUCCUAAACCGAUUAACUGGAGCUGAUGUACUUGCAGAGGAUAAGUUAUUUGCCACGUUAGACCCAACUACAAGAAGGGUCUUGAUGAAGAAUGGGACUGAGUUCCUUCUAACUGAUACUGUCGGAUUCAUUCAGAAGUUACCCACUAUGCUGGUAGCAGCAUUUAGAGCAACACUAGAAGAGAUAUCAGAAUCAUCAGUUAUAGUUCAUCUUGUGGACAUUAGCCAUCCAUUAGCUCAACAACAGAUAGAUGCUGUUGAAAGAGUAUUGAAGGAGUUGGAUGUAGAGUCAAUCCCCAAAUUAAUCGUGUGGAAUAAGAUUGACAAUACGGAUGAACCAUUGAGAGUAAAAGAGGAAGCUCAGAAACAAGGAAUAAUCUGCAUAUCAGCCAUGAAUGGUGAUGGUUUGGAAGAAUUCUGUAAUGCAGUUCAAGCAAAGUUGAAAGACUCAAUGGUUCCGAUAGAAGCUAUUGUUCCAUAUGACAAAGGAGAUCUCCUAAAUGACAUACAUAAGGUUGGAAUGGUUGAAAAAAUGGAGUACAAGGAAAAUGGGACAUUAGUAAAAGCUCAUGUACCUCUACCUCUUGCAAGACUUCUCACACCUCUACGGCAGCAGGUGGUGACCACAGUGUGA